UCUUAGUCCUCACCUUCCCUGCUCUCCUUAUUAACGUACACAGUUCUUAAUAACAAAAACAAAAACAUAAAAAUGGAUAAAAUGCCCAACUCAGCUGCAUAGUUCAUACUCAUACAUACGUAAACACCCAAAACAAAAUUAAAAAGAAAAAAAAGAAAAUUCCUCUUCUUCCACCACCAUAACCGCACAACAAUUUUCCCCGUAACCAAACACUCCCGCUUCGAUGCCGAUCGCAUCCAUUUCCAUCUUCCGCCACCGCACCAUCCACACCGCCACAAUCCCAACCCUCGACAACGUACUCCGCCGAUUCUCAACCUUCCGAUGCUUCUCAAUCGCCGCCUCCGCAGCCAAACACAACCAGAAUUCAAACAGUGUCUCCAAGAGACUUAUCAACCACCCUAACAAGAAACUCCUCAGAGCCAAACAGACCGUCAAGGACUACUCCUCCUUAGCUCCCGUCCUCUCUCCUCAAGACAGUCCCCCUCUCUCCGACUCCCAAGCCAUCGGCACCGUCGCCGCCGCUCAGGCCAACUUCAUGCGCGUCAUCAUCCAAUCCUCCGGCGAGGGUUUCGAUGACGACGACACAUCGAGAAUCGGAGUUGAGCUGUUGUGCGUGGUGAGGGCACUCCUGAAGAAAAUAAGGAGAAGGGUUUUGGUUGGGGACAAGGUGGUGGUUGGGUCUAUUGAUUGGAUAGACCACAGGGGUAUGAUCGAGAAUGUGUUCCAGAGAAGCUCCGAGAUCCUUGAUCCACCGGUUGCCAAUGUGGACCAUCUACUCGUGCUCUUCUCCAUGGACCAGCCCAAACUGGAGCCUUUUGCUCUCACCAGGUUUCUCGUCGAGGCCGAGUCCACCGAAAUACCGCUCACACUCGCUCUCAACAAGUCGGAACUUGUGGAUGAAGAGACAAUUCUUUCAUGGAAGUCUAGGCUACGGAGCUGGGGCUAUGAACCACUCUUUUGCAGUGUUGAAUCCAAACAUGGACUUGACACCCUUGCAUUUAUUUUGAGAGGCCAAACAACUGUAAUUGUGGGUCCAAGUGGAGUUGGAAAGUCUAGCCUGAUCAAUGCUUUAAGAAACAAAAAUCAAGCUUCUGAUGAUGCGGAAGAUAAUUGGUUUGAGCCUAUUUUAGGCAGCAAAUGGUUUGAGGAUCAGCGUGUUGGGGAAGUUUCAACAAGAAGUGGAAGAGGGAAGCAUACAACUCGCAAUGUUUCUUUACUUCCAUUAUCAGCAGGUGGUUAUCUUGCUGAUACCCCUGGGUUUAACCAGCCUAGUUUGUUGAAAGUAACAAAACAAUCUCUAGCACUAGCUUUCCCAGAGAUCCGGAAAAUGCUUAGUGCCAGUGAACCUGCAAAAUGUGCAUUUAAUGAUUGCUUACAUCUUGGGGAACCCGGGUGCAUUAUUAAAGGGGAUUGGGAAAGAUAUGCAUACUAUUUUCAACUUCUCGAUGAGAUCAGAAUAAGAGAGGAAUUUCAGUUGAGGACAUUUGGAACUAAAAAGGAGGGCGAUGUAAGGUACAAGGUGGGAGACAAGGGAGUUCAGCAAGCAGAGCCACGGCUGGAGCCAAAGAAGCACAGGAGGCAAUCUCGUAAGAGACUUAACCAAUCAAUACUAGAUGAGUUAGAUGAACUGGAUGAUGACGACAACUUGGUAGAGGAGGAAAAUGAUACAAUGAAGAGGGCAGUUGGGGGUGAGGAGAAGUAGCAUGCAGUUUGCUGCUUCAUGUCAUGGAUUGUAGAUAGAUAAUAUGAUCCCAAAUUUGUACAGAAACUCACACUGAUCUCCUCCUUACAGACUAAAAUGUGAAACUGAUCUGGUUACCUGUCUUCUCUAAUGGAGUAGAAGCAAGCCUUUUGGCUUUUCUACCAAAAAACCAGCUUUUUUGGUUUUUGCAUAUUCUUGUCUGGCAGUGCGUUUACGUUUGUAACAGAGUGUUGACUAGACCCCAUCAACGGAAAGCUAAUCAUACCGUUUAAUGAGGCAACCGAUUACCUUUGAUAA